ACCAAGACCAUGUACCUAGUGAAAUGUCACUACACACUUGUCAUUUUUCCUUUCAAAAAUCAAAAUAAUAUGUAAGAUCAUAGGUUAUUAUUAAAAAAUAUUAUAAUUAAGACUUAAACUAUCUAACAAAAAUAAGCAUAAUGAAUAUUAUACGGAGACAAAAUCAUAUUACCAGUAAUAUAUUUCGUGUAAUCCUUAAUGAAAUAAGAACAAAACCACAAAUUAUUAAUUUUUCUCAAUGUAGUAAAUCUUUAACUAGUUCUAAAUUGGUUAACUCGAAACUAAUUAAUUUUUCCUAUGAUAUAACACGUUCUAAAUCCAAAAAGAAAACUGACCCAGAUUCUGAUGAUGAGGCCGAAGUUUUUGAUGAUGAUAUUUCAUUGUCAAGAGAUUCUAAAAUUGUUAAAAUAACAACAACAUCUUUGAGAACUGAUGCUGUACUUAAGUCGGCUUUAGGAAUAGCGAGAAACAAAAUUGAAAAACUAUUUUAUGAAAGCAAAAUCAGAGUUAAUGGUAAGAAGAUUUUGAAGAAAAGUAUGCCUGUACAAGUGGACUAUGAAUUAGAUGUUAUUAAAAGUAUUAGUCCAAAAAACCCAGAACAUUUGUAUAUAUCAAGAGUUGAAAUAUUAAAUAUAGUGGCAAAAGAAGAGAGCAUCAUAGUAACAGCGAGAAGAUUUAAGACACUCCUUAUAGAAAAUUAUGAAAAUGAUCCUUACAAACCAUCUACAUCAGAUGAAGAUCAAUAAAAAUUGUAAUAAGCAAUUUUUUAUUUACAAUAUUAGAAAAAAUGUAUAAAUACAAAUAGAAUAAUAAAACUAUAUACAUUAAUAUAAUCUUUUCCGUUUUUUUCAAACAUGAUGCAAUAAUUUCAUUUUCCUUCUUUCAUAUGUCUAAAUCUAUAUCACAGUCAGAACUCUCAAAAAUAGAUAUUUGAGAGCUUAAUCCUGAUGAUUUUUGACUUCCUGAAGGAUUGCUUAAUUUUUUAUCAUUUGUAUUCAAUAAUUUAACUGUUUUUUCUGUA